CCUUGACCUUGUUCUUCACAGACUAGUAGGUCGAGGUCGACUGAAGUUCAACAAUAUGGACUUGGAGGGAGUCAAAUCUCAGUUCCUGAAAGACGGUUAUGCUGUCAUUCCCAAUUUCCUUGACGACACUGAUGUAUCUGCUCUGCGUCAUGAAUGCAGCAACAUCAUCAACGACAUGGAUCCAGCGCAGCACCACACAGUGUUCUCUACCACAGACCAGACAAAUGAUGACUAUUUUAUGACAAGUGGUGACAAAAUAAGAUUUUUCUUUGAGAAGGGAGCUCUUGAUGAUAAAGGGGUGUUACAGGUUGACAAGCAGCUCUCAGUCAACAAAAUAGGCCAUGCUCUUCAUAUUCUGAACCCGGUCUUCAGACGAAAAAUAGUCAGUAACUGUACAGAUGAGGCGUUUUGUUUGCAGGAUGUGUUGCGAGCUGUUGGAAUGGUGGAGCCCACGCUGUGUCAGAGCAUGUACAUAUUCAAGCAACCAGGCAUCGGAGGUGAAGUGGUUCCGCACCAGGACUCCACGUUCCUGCACACGACUCCCUUGAAGCUGAUGGGGUUCUGGAUCGCCCUGGAAGACACCACGGUGGACAAUGGCUGUCUGUGGUUCAUCCCAGGAUCUCACAAAGAUGGCGUUGCUGGGAACCGGCGUAUGAUCAUCAACCCAGAGCGAGGUCCAGGAAAACCAGGCACCGUGUUUACAGGGGAAGUCGUCACACUUGAUGACAAGAAAUUUGUUCCUGUUGAAGUUAAAAAAGGUUCACUGGUUUUGAUCCAUGGCGAGGUGGUUCACAAGAGCGAGCAGAACCUGUCACCACGAUCCCGGCAUGUAUACACGUUCCAUGUGUACGACCAGCACAACACCGAGUACAGCACACAGAACUGGUUACAGGCAACAGACGCCAAAACAUUCUCGCCAGUCUACACGACCACACAAUAGCAGGGGAGAUAACUCACUGUCCAUGAUGUCAUUUCAAGAUGACAAAACAUCAAGCAUCUAGUCUUGCAUGAUUACUGCAGUAAUAGAACUGAUUUGUGAAUUAUAUACAAAACAUGUGCCACUUACGGAUAAGAAUCAAUUAACUGUACCCGUGAUUAGGUCCCACAGACUGACAGUGUCGAUGUACUGCCAGUUUGUGAUUCUCCGGUGAUUGUACUGUGAUAAUAAUUGGGUUAUCAUGUGUAGUUUGUCUCACCGGCUAUGACUGUAGAACGCCAAAUUUUAAACUCAUUUUUCUCAGGGUAAGAAAUGACAUUGUAUCAUUUCCCAUGAAAGAACAAGUACGAUGAUCGUUGAAAACUUGAAGAAAAACUUGAAUCACUUCCAACACCUCUUGUACGUGGCCCAUACAGAAAAAAAUUGUGAAUGUUUUCAAACAGUCGCGCUGUGAUGUCACUGCAAGGGGAGAUGAUCUCGAGUCUACAUAGCGAAAACUGUAACUUAGUUUCAAAUUUCAGUUCCAUUUCUGUAUGUCUCAGUGGUAAGCACAGAUUAAGGGCAAUCAUAAUCCAGAGGCAAUGUUUACGACAUAUUUAAAGCAGUCUGUAGAAAGGGGUUGGCUUACCUAUGGGUAACACUUUCAUCAAACUCACUAUUCUUGGGGUAAGAAACAAUGGAUCAUUUCGUGUGAAAGAACAAGAGAAAAUUACUUUAGUCGGUGAAAACAUGAAAUUUGCUAUUAAACAUCAGCUCCAAUUUGUUUUUGUUGGGUAUUGUAUUAUAUGCAUGUAUUCAGAUUGUCUCAUGUAUUUGUCUCAUAAAUGGUUUCUGAAAAUGAAAGAAUUUGUAAGCUCAAGUAAGUUAUUGAAUUAUCUAUUUACUACUAUAAGACACGAUUUUUUUAAUGCUGAUGACAUUUAUAAUUGUCAUUAGUAUUUCAUGUUAGUAUUUCAUGUAGAGAAUCUCACCCAAGUGUCUGGACAUCAAAUAUAUCAACAAGUCAAUUAAGUAUUCAAGCAGAGAUGUUUUGCCUCGGACUUUUCUAUUUUCAUCAACAAUCAUUCCUGUGGCGAGGAUAUUUCAAUGAAAGAAGCUUGUUCACUCAUUAAGAAAGCAUGCUCAAUAGAUAAUUAUAUUGCAUGAGUAUUGGGAAAUAAAAGUUUUAACAUUUU